UUUGUGAUUACAGGUAAACGGGAAAGGACCAAACCAGAAUACCAGGAGGACACUAACUGUACGGUGGCGUUCAUGUCAGAAUGUAGCGCCAUGCAGAAGUGCAAGGAUGCUUGCAGGUCGAUGGGAGCUAGUCAGUACCGUUGGUUCCACGACCAUGGCUGCUGUCAGUGUGUAGGCCAUACCUGUCUCAACUACGGACUUAACAAACCCCGCUGUUCAAACUGUCCGCCUCCGGACGAGAUCGACGAUAUCGAACAGGAGGAGAAGAUGGUCCAGGAGAUGAACAGGAUUGAUGACCAGGUAAUGGAAAUGGAGGAAGAAAUCAACGAUGAAUUUGAUGAAUUUGAUGAUGAUGACGAUGAUGAUGGUGAUGAUGUUGACGAUGACGAUGAGAAUCCAGAGGUUGAUUCACAAGGUUGAAUGCUGUGUCACAGAACACAACACAAACAUUACAUUUUAGAAAAGUGUUUUUCAUUUUUUUGAAAGUGAAACCAUUUAAAGCCAAAGUUAUUGUUGAUUUUAACAAGAGAGUUAUCCUUCUUGUGUAAAGCAUUAUCUCAAGUAGGCCAAGAACAGCUAGGGUAGGACGUAGAAGCCAUACAAUGUAGGCUGUGUUUUACAGAUCUCUCUAGUAGGUUAUGCUGAGAAGCAUAUCUGAAGAGAAUUAUGUUAUGUAAACAUAUGUCAUGUAGUAAGUUACAGUGACAAAAUUCAUUGUAUCACUAAUUUAUCACCUAAAAAUGAAACGAAGAAAUAGUUCAGUCUGCAAUUUCUAGCGUUCGAUACUGGCCUGGAUGACAAAGGAAAGAAGUAGAUUGAAGUGUUAUUAAUAGAUUUGUAGGUUAGUAAGCCAAUCAAGCAUGCCAGUAUUUCACACUGUUGUUAUGUCAUUAGUGAUGUCUUAACUUUAUUAUUAGAAUAAUUAUGUCAUAUUAUAUGCUACCUUACACUUAAGAAAUGAUUGACCAUUUAAUAGUCAAAUAUACUAUUUUACAGUGUAGAAUUCUUUUGAUAAGGAGAAUCAAUUUGUCAGGGUAAGGUAGCAUAUAUCCUUAAGUUUUGUAGGCCAAGUGGCAGUUGUUUAAACACCAUUCUGUAUGUUAGUUGUCACAUCGUAGCGCACAUCAUCAUUGCACCACAAACACCAUCAUCUAGUGGUCACAACAGGUACACCACCCUCUUGUGGUUACCACAAAUUCACCACCAUCUAGUGGUAACCAUGCAUACAACACCAUCUUUUGGUAACCAUGGAUACACCAUCUAGUGGCUACCAUAAAAAUGCUAUCUUAUAGUUACACUAUAAGAUACACCAUCACCUUGUGGUAACCAAGCGUGUACACCACCAUCUUGUGUGUGGUAACCAUGCAUACACCAUCAUCUUGUGGUAACCACGCAUACACCAUCAUCUUUUGGUCAUCAUACAAACACCAUCUAGUUUCCAUCACCUAAACACUAACAUCUUGUUAUCAUCGUAGAAGCAUCUGUCUUAAUUUAUAAUAUAUAAUCUGAUAUAUCAUUGCUGCAGACCCCCCUUUCCCAAAUGUCCGUUAUUGUGGUACCAUAAUCUAUGUCAUUUUAACAAAGCUUUCCUAGUGUGUAGUCCUUUUGGGGAGAUGGACACCCUGUGUCGGUCUAGCUAGUUUAUCAGAGGUCAAAUGACUUCAUGGUGAAUUCCUGCAAUUCGUGUACCUGGUGAAUUAAAACACAGAACUUUAACAUUUCUUUUGUUACCCUUUGUUUGUAGCAGGUGUUUCACAACUAGUGUGUACAUGUAUAGUGCGCCUCUUUAGAAAUGAAUUAGUUCUGUGCACGUUUUUAUGAUUAAUGCCAAAAGUAACAGGAAAUUUAUGAUCAGACCAUACAAUUACUGGUAUUGAAUUAUUUUUUAGAUUAUUUGUGUAUAAUGAUACCUCCCUAAUUAGAACAGUUUUGUUGAUGUCUAGUGGAACCUGUUUAAUCUGAUUACUUUUGUUCUUAACUCAUUCACCCCUGUUCACACAUUUGAACUCCUCCAAUUCAAAGGUUGGAACAGU